UUCGCAUACAUGGCUUUGGGUGAAUCAGAGUGAUGUAUACCUUGAACCCCCGUAGCGUUGUUCUGAGGAGCUUAAUUGAAUUUGAAGGGAAUUUGCUGAAACACCAUUCAAUUUAUCAAAUUUGAAUCAUAAUGAACAGGCUUUUUGGAAGUGCAAAGCCCAAGCAACCUCCUCCCAAUCUCACAGAUUGUAUUGGAAAUGUGGACAGCAGAGCAGACUCCAUAGAGAAAAAGGUAGCACGGCUUGAUGCUGAACUUCGGAAGUACAAGGAUCAAAUGAAGAAGAUGAGAGAUGGACCUGGAAAAAAUGCUGUUAAACAAAAGGCUAUGAGGGUCCUGAAACAAAAGAAAAUGUACGAGUCCCAGCUGGAUAAUUUGCGGCAGCAGUCGUUCAACAUGGAGCAAGCCAACUACGCCACCCAGUCACUAAAGGACACGCAGGCCACGGUGGUGGCUAUGAGGGCAGGAGCAAAGGAGAUGAAGAAGGAGUUCAAGAAGAUCAACAUUGAUGAUAUCGAGGAUAUACAGGACGACAUGGCCGACCUGCUGGAGCAGUCGGAAGAGGUGCAGGAGGCGCUGGGCCGCAGCUACGGCACGCCCGAGCUCGAUGACGACGAACUGGAGGCCGAGCUGGACGCAUUGGGCGACGAUCUGGCGCUGGAUGACGACCUCAGCUACUUGGACGAGGCGAGCCGCGCCCCGGAAAUCCCCGGCACCGAGCCGGGCGCCGCCUCCGUCGGCCAGGACGGCGUGCUGCUCGACGAGUUUGGCCUGCCCAGGAUCCCGGAGCGGGCGCAGUGAGCGGCCGGCCUGCGGGCACCACCUCCGGCCGGGAGAGCGCCGGCACCAUCACCAGUCGAGGGAGGGCGCACUGCACGCCAGUGACGAGCCCUGCCUGCCAGCCGCAUCG